CGAGCCCCUCUUCACGUUCUUGGCUUCCGUCUAGUAAAGACCUCAUCUCUGGGAAUUACGAGAGGCUAGCAUACACGCCCUUGCUCGUCGGGAACGCGCGCAACAAGAAACAGCACAAGGACACAACCCACUGCACCAACCGAGCCACUAUCAAGAUGUCCGACUCCCGCGACCACGACCACGACCACGACCACGACCACGACCAUGACCAUGACCAUGACCAUGACCACAGCCAUACACCCCCUGUCCCAGCACACCUCUUCCAAGCCCGCUCAUCGCAAGACCAACCGCCCGACUCCUGGCGCGAAAGCGGCGUCCGGGUCAUUCCAGGCGACAACCUCGACACCAACACGGCGCAAACGCCGGGCAUGAACCGGGCGGCCGCGGUGAACAUGGCUCGAGUCGGGGCGCAGAAACUCUGGGCCGGCACCGUCAAGAUCCACGCCAACGCCAAAACGGGUGCCCACCACCACGGCCACCUCGAGAGCGUCAUCUACGUGGUCAAGGGCAAGGCGCGCAUGCGAUGGGGCGAGCGACUCGAGUUCACGGCCGAAGCCGGGCCGGGCGACUUCAUCUACGUCCCGCCGUACGUGCCGCACCAGGAGAUCAAUGCCAUGGAGGACGAGGAGCUGGAGUGUGUGCUGAUGAGGAGUGACGGCGAGGCGAUUGCAGUGAAUUUGCCCGAUGUCGUGCCUGUCGAAGACCCGGAAGGCGUCAAGUGGAUCGACCCAACCCAUCCUACCGGUGGCGUUUGAAAUCACAUCUUUACACAUUAUUCCCGAGAUCAUCACAGCCCGACUUCACCCAAGUAGUAAGUGGGUAAAUCAAAAGUUGGGGGACAUCAACUACGAGUAGUAAAAAAGCUGAAAACAUGCAGCGUGCGCUAUG